GGAAAACUAGGCGAGGGAAGCUCCUUCGUUGCGAGGAGCCGUUGGUGACCUGAAGGAUCCCAUUCGCUUCUUCUGGGGUGGGGGCAGACCAUUGGUUAGAGUCGAGGCUUUGUCGAGUUAACCUUCCCCUGCUUCGACUCCGGUUACAAAAAGAAUGGAAGAUACUUCUAGUAUAGAUUCUUUGGCUACAAGGCUAAAAAAUACAAUGAUUCAGUACUAUAACAUUGAGGACAAUGAAUGGAGAGUUGCUAGGAAAACAAAAGAUGUUACUGUUUGGCGUAAACCAUCGGAAGAAUUCAGUGGGUAUCUCUAUAAGACACAAGGUAUUGUGGAAGAUGUUACCAAUAGAAUAAUAGAUCACAUACGUCCUGGACCUUAUCGGAUCAGCUGGGAUAGCCUGAUGACCACAAUGGACAUUGUUGAAAAGUAUGAAGAGAAUUGCUGUGUAAUGCGUUAUACUACAGCUGGUCAAAUAUUGAAUAUCAUUGCACCAAGAGAGUUCAUUGAUUUCUCCUACACAACCAAUUGUGAAGAUGGACUGCUAUCAUGUGGUAUUAGCCUGGAUCACGGUGAAGUAAGGCCAAGUUUUGUUCGAGGAUUUAACCAUCCUUGUGGCUGGUUCUGCUUUCCACUCAUGGACAAUCCAAGAUAUAGUCUUUUAGUUGGCUUUAUCCAGACGGACCUGCGUGGGAUGCUCCCCCAAUCAGUAGUAGAUACAGCUAUGGCUGGUACACUGAUCAGUUUUUAUUCUGAUCUUAGGAAAGCUCUGAAGGCAUAAUUAAUGCAACUACAAAUUCUCUGUAUCAUUCAUGAUCUUUUCCUGUUUUACACAGUAUAUAUAUAGUUUUACAGUAGUUUUAAUUGCAUAGAUCAAUAUAUUUAUUUUGAAAUAAGACUCUCCAAGAAUUCAGUUGAGAUGAUUGUUCUAAAGUAAUAUCCAUGUUUAUGUUAGAAAAAAGCACAUGCCCUAAUUUUAAGACCUGACGUGUAAAUUAUUUUAUUCUCUUGAACACAGAACUUUUUAUAGCUGUGGAAAGUGUUUUAUCAGGGUAUUAAUUUCAAGGAUUUGAUUUCCUAACAGCAUGUUAGGAAACCAGAAACCAGUGUAUUUGUGUUGGGGAAUUUCCUCCCCAUUGCCUUCUACACAUCUUUACGGCAGAACAUCUGCUAUUCUUGGAAUUUUAAACAUAAUUUAGGGUCCUUCUGUUCCAAGGCACUCUCUCACUCCUUGGCUCAAAGUUUUAUUGACUAUAUUGGACUUUAUUGGACGAUAUUCAGUUAUACUCCCCCUCAAUGCACUAAAGGUGAUAGGAUUGCAAAUAUACUGUUGACAUUAUUCUGAAUACACAGAAACCUGUUUUUAUGGACUUAAGAAAUUUGCAGGUUUACAAGUAAGAUCUUAGGUUAAGUUCACAUACUUAGAGUUAUCAGAACAAUAUAUUGGUUCUGUGAAAUGGCACACAUUUCAGUGCAGCAGAAUUGGUACAUUUUGGAGCUCUCCUUGCCAUAUUGGGAAUACUGCAACACAAUAUAGGUGCAUAUUUGUUUUGGAAAUGCUAUUGUUACGUAUCAGAGAUCAUCUGGGUGUCAGAUGUGUAUGUCUACUUAUACCAUAGUACCGUGAGAAUAGAAAUUGCAUUCCCAAUCAUUGCCUUGAGGGGCACUAUAACUGAAUUGUUGAUGUAAGCAAUGAAACCUGGUUCUGUGCUGCAAAAGCUGAGUGACUUGAAAGACUUUUGAGGACUUUUAUCAUCUCUUUCAAAAUUGUUGCAUGCUGUACUUUCAAGUUUUAGGUUUAAAAACAUUUGGUAUUUAAUAUGCUUAUUUGAAAAUUAUACAUGAUUUCUAUAAUUUAAAGCCUGACAUUUUAAAUUAUCUUCUUUAUUUAAUAUCAUUUCAGUAGAAAGCUAUAUAAACGAUAGGAAUAUGAAACACACGCUACGUAGUCAAAUUAUAUAUUAUACGAAGACUGAGGCCAUAUUAUGAGUAUCCAUUUUUGUGGUACAUGACUUUAUAGUGGCAAGGGAGACAACAAUGUUUUCAAUAAGAGACCAUAUGCUAAUAUACUUGGCUUGUUAUGCUAUUCUAGCACCACCUGAGGAUGUAAAUAUGGGGUACUAAAGAAUGAGCUCAUAGCUGAGAAACUAAAAUUGUUAUAAAUGCUUUACCUCAGCUUCUGCUUGUUCAAUCAUGGAUAGAAUAAAAUAUCCUGAUCCUUAAAGGGCUUCCAAGUGAUCCAGAUUUAUUAAUUCGUGUGCAAUCACACAUCAAGCCAGUAAGGUUUCACCACAGUGCUUAUUCCAAUUAAAAGAACAGAAGCAUGAGUUUUAGAAAAUGAACUAUCCCAUGUUUAUUCAUCAUUUAUACCCAGAUCUCUGGAGCCAUGAUGAUGGGGCAACAUUACUCACCAAAAAUAAGAUUAAAUGAUAGGUAUCAGAUAUAUACUUAUUUUUAGUGCAGAUGUAAGAAGCCAUAUUAAUGAAGAAGAUAAAGUAAGGAAGAAUAUAAUAGUUCAGUCGUCUGGGUGUAACAACCUCAGGGUUUAAACUUGCAUCCAUUUCUUCCACAGUUAUGCAGGGAUAGAGUUAUUGUGACUUAUUUCUUAGUCUUUAAUACAGAGGACUCCUAUACCAGAUAUUGAUCACUGAUCUUUCUUUUUUCUAAUUUUUUUUGGGUGGGGGAGCUUGGCAGCUUUAAUCCCUACACUAUUAGUUGAUGUCCAAAAAUGACACUUCCGACGUCUUAUAAAGCCAUCUACUUCAUAAUGUACAUUCUAAACAUUUGCUGUGACCAGAAUUUGGAGAAUGUGUUUUUGUGAAAGAAUUAGAACAGUGUGUUGUUAAACUUUUUAUGCCAUUUCCUAAUUUUGCCUUGCAAGUAUAAGAAAGAUUAUGCUACUAGCUCAAUCCAAAAGUUACUCAUAAUAUUCACACCAACUCUAAAUCACUGACUCCUUAUUAAGGGCAGCUCAAAGCACUGCAAUUUAUAGUCAUUACACCUGUAGCACUUCUUACAGUAUUGGUUUACAUGAACAGCAGGGGUGUCAAACUUACGUUGUCACGUUGUCAUGUGACACAUUGUAACUUUCCUCCCCUUCGCUAAACCAGGGGUGGGCGUGGCCAACAUUUGAUGCAUCUGGCCUGCAGGCCGCGAGUUUGACACCCCUGAUGUACAGCAUUGGGAAAAUUUCAGCAGCAGCAUGAAAUUGUGCUAGAUUUUCUCACACAGCUGUGAAUUUAUGUAAAAGAAUCUGCUUCUGCAUUAUUACAAACAGCUGGACAUAAGGGCUAUAUUCACAUAUUGUGUGGAGUAAAUCAGAACAUUGUCACAUCCCCAUGAACUUGCUUUAACUGUUAUUUAAAUAGACAAUUCACCUGGCUUUUUUGGUUGUGUGGUAGCUGAUUAGUAUUUGUUUACCUGGCAUAGGAUGUCAUUUUUUUUCCAGGAAAGGGACAUUAUAUAUUCCAUUAUUUGAUAGCAAAGCAAAUGCCUAAUAAAUAGUAUCUAGGCUUAGAAAGUGUUGUAAAUAGCAUGCCAGUAUUACAAAUAACAUUACCUGAAGUUAUUCUAAAUGAAUUGUGAAUAGAUGGCAAAAUUAACAUUAAAUGCAUGCAGGCCAUUGUGUCUGUGUAAUAGACAAAGAAUCUGUGUAAUUCAAGCCAAAAUGCAGAAUCUUAGCUUUGACUAGAAGAUGCUUUUUUUAAAAAAGUGUAUACUAUAGAGCAAGGGGAGCGGUGGCUCAGGGGCUAGGAUGUUGAUUUGUCGAUCGAAAAGUCGGCAGCUCAGUGGUUCGAAUCCCUAGUGCUGCCGUGUAACGGGGUGAGCUCCCGUUACUUAUCCCAGCUUCUGCCAACCUAGCAGUUUCGAAAGCACAUAAAAAUGCAAGUAGAAAAAAUAGGGACCACCUUUAGUGGGAAGGUAACAGUGUUCCGUGCGCCUUUGGCGUUAAGUCAUGCUGGCCACAUGACCACGGAGAUGUCUUCGGGCAGCGCUGGCUCUUCGGCUUUGAAACGGAGAUGAGUCGGCAACGACUAGCAUGUACGUGCGAGGGGAACCUUUACCUUUAUACUAUAGAGCCUAGUAUUUGCUCCAGUACCUCUAUAACAGAAGUAAAAUCUGUUAAAGAUUUCUAGUUUAAUGCUGCUAGCGAUCCUUUUUCUGUUUGUUGAUAAUAAUAAGGUUUGUUUGUCUUAGAUUUUCAACUGUUAGUUCUAGUUUAGGAGGUUGAUUGCAAAGAAACUGCUCAAUCCUCAGUAGUUCCAGAAUCUGCCGAUUCUGGUAGGAAAUUGUAACAAAAUAUUUUCUUUUUCUGACUCCUUUAAUAAAAACAAUGAUGCAAUUCCAUAAUCUUCCUAGGAACUAGACCAGGUGUCUCCAACCUUGGCAACUUUAAGCUGGCUGUGGAAUUUUGGGAGUUGAAGUCCGCCAAGCUUAAAAUUGCCAAGGUUAAAGACCUCUGAACUAGACAGUUAGAACCAUUAAACUUAGUGAGGCUCAGAAAAUAUGCAUUGGAUUGUAGCUAGAGGACUUGAGCAGACUUGCAUUGGAUUUUUCUUUUUAAAGGACUGAAUAUAUAGUUGAUACUAUAUAUGUUCAUAUAUAUUUUAUAUACUUUUUUACUAAUCUAGAUCUAAGAAUUUGGUUUAAAGAUGCUUCUAUUUUAUGGGGAAGGGAGGGGAAUCCAGAUGUUUCAAUUCUCUCAUGCUUUUCCACUACUUUUCUUUUGUUUUAGCCAAGGGAAUGAUGUAUUACAUGCACAAUCUGUCUUUUGAUUGGUGACAUUAAGAGCCAUCACUUUGAAAACAUCCCAUUACUGCACCCUUUCAUUUUUUUCCCCUUAAAGGGUAAAGAUAUUGUUAUUGGCAGAAAAACAAUGAGAUGAAUGUCAAUAACCUGUUAACGUUCCUGUGAAUUGAUGGCUCUCCAGAUUCAGCUAAUAAAAUCAAUUACUAUUCAGUAUGAUUUACACGGUGGCUUAGUGGCUAAGACAGUGAGCUUGUCGAUCAGAAGGUUGGCAUUUAAGCGGUUCGAAUCCCUAGUGCCACAUAAUGGAGUGAGCUCCCGUUACUUGUCCCAGCUUCUGCCAAUCUAGCAGUUUGAAAGCAUGUAAAAAAUGCAAGUAGAAAAAUAGGAACUACUUUUGGUGGGAACGUAACAGUGCUACGUGCACUUUUGGCAUUUAGUCAUGCCGGACACAUGAACACGGAGACGUCUUUGUACAGCACUGGCUCUUCGGCUUAGAAACAGAGAUGACCACCUCCCCUAGAGCUGGAAAUGACUAGCACACAUGUGCGGGGGAACCUUUACCUUUAUGAUUUAGGAAUGUGUCGUUACCACUGGAUAGCAUCCAGGCUUGAUUCAACAUUUUUUUCAGGAAUAAAAUAAUAAGUUUUUAAGAAAUUAAACAGUGCUUUUUCAUGCAUCCUUUUUUGUUCUAUCUUUAUGAAGCAUUCAGAUGACAAUCUGGCAGAAUAUAAUCCUAACUGCUGUGCUAUUGAUCUGAAUUUCUUGUCAGUUUAAAUAGAUGCUUGGAAAUCACUUUGCAGGCUCAAGUGAGAAUUCCAUUUAAGGUAAAGGGGGAAAAAAAGAUGUAAGGAGGAUGUUCGUAGUGUAAGAACAAAUGCAAAUUGUGAUGCAUUGCUGUUCUGUAUUAUAAUAGAAAUUAUUUAUAUUUAUGUAUUAAAAUGUUUCGAUCAAAAUCGUUUUGUGUGUUUCUUAAAACUGAACAAAUACUGGUUUA